AUGGAUCAUACUCAAAGUGUAAUUGCAAAAAUGUUGAAACUUAAAGUAAACAAUGUACAAUUGAAGGUUCGUCGCCUCGGUGGUGGAUUUGGAAGUAAAAUUUCUCGUGGAAACCAGGUUGUCUGUGCUGCAUCCUUGGUGGCAUACAAACUAAAUCGACCAUCUCGCUUCGUGCAAACCAUCGAGUCGAUGAUGACCUCAAACGGAAAACGAUGGGGUUGUCGUAGUGAUUAUGAUUUUCACAUAAAAGCUAAUGGAAAAAUUGUAGGACUUAAAAAUACAUUUUAUCAGGAUGCGGGGUGCACACUCAAUGAAAAUCCGAUUAACGGACAUUCUGUUGUUUGUGCAAAAAAUUGUUAUGAACUCCCUGACAUAAGCACUAAAAUAGUGGCCGAAGCUGUCAUAACCGAUGCACCCAGUUCGACAUGGUGCCGUGCACCGGGUUCGGUUGAAGGAAUAGCAAUGAUUGAAAAUAUACUGGAACAUAUUGCAUUUGAAGCAAAUAUAGAUCCUGUGGAUGCACGAUUAGCUAACAUAAAAUCUGGAAACAAACUGGAGGAGCUACUACCGCGAUUUGUUAAUACAACAGAAUAUCGUCAUCGUCGAAAGGUAAUCGACGAAUUCAACGAGAAGAAUCGUUGGACUAAACGAGGGCUUGGUUUGGCUAUUAUGGAAUAUCCAAUUUUUCUUUUUGGUCAAUUUCCAGCCACAGUAUCCAUUUAUCACGCCGAUGGUACUGUAGUUAUAUCUCACGGAGGAAUCGAAAUGGGUCAAGGCAUGAACACGAAAGUUGCUCAAGUAGCAGCCCAUACACUUGGUGUACCAUUAUCUUACAUUAAGAUUGAGUCUAGCGACACUAUCAACGGUGCUAAUUCUAUGGUUACUGGAGGUGCUGUAGGGAGUGAAAGUCUUUGUUUUGCCACUAGAAAAGCUUGCGAAACUCUUAAUGAACGUCUUAAGCCAAUUAAAAACUCACUUGGAAAGGAAGCUAACUGGCUGAAUGUUGUACAACAAGCGUGGGCAAAAGCAAUAAAUAUGGUAGUUAGUGAACGUUAUAAAGAAGGUGAUAUGCAGAAUUACAGUGUAUAUGGUUUGUGCCUAACUGAAAUUGAAGUAGAUGUCUUGACGGGAAAUAAUCAAAUUAAACGUGUUGAUAUAUUGGAAGACGCUGGUGAAAGCCUUAGCCCCUACAUUGAUAUUGGUCAAGUGGAAGGAUCGUUUGUUAUGUUGCUAGGUUAUUGGCUUACGGAACAGUUGAUAUAUGAUCGGACAACAGGAGAACUUCUAACUAAUCGCACGUGGAAUUACAAACCACCAGGUGCAAAGGAUAUUCCGAUUGACUUUCGCAUAGAACUGCUGCAGAAAAGUCCCAAUUCAGCGGGAUUUAUGCGCUCAAAAGCAACAGGUGAACCACCAUGUUGCUUAGCAGUUAGUGUAAUUUUUGCCAUUCAGCAUGCUUUACAAUCUGCUCGUAAAGAUGCCGGGCUAAAGCGCGAAUGGGUUCGCUUAGGCGCUCCAACAACACCUGAGACUAUCGUACUGAAUGCUGGAACAGAUGUGUCAAAAUUCUCUCUAUCAUGAUUUGGCACUCGGUAAAAUUAAUUACAAAGAAUUUCGUGUAUUGUUAAAUAUUUACAACUUUUUGGUGACGGGGAAUGAACUACGAGUAUUACAUAAAUAUUCAUUCGUUUUUUUGUUUGUUUUGCCUAAAUAAAAAUAUUGCAAUUGAAUGGA